AUGGUUGGCGGCCGGCGAGUCCGCUCUAGUGCGUCCGAACGUGCCUGUCUGCAGUGCAAGAAGAGGAAGACGCGAUGCGUAUCCAAUAGCAACACUGACGCUAUCUGCUCCUACUGCGCUAAAAUGAGCAAGGCAUGUGUGUUUGAGACGCCACCCACGCGCACACCGCUCACACGCCGCAAUCUGGACGCUGCAGAAGCACGGUGCAAGGAGCUAGAGCUUCGGCUACGACAGCUGCAGGCGGCCCCAAAAACGAAAUCGUCUACUAGUAGUGGCCAGAAAAGAGACGCUGCAGUUGCGUUUCGGGAAGAAGAUUCGUCUGUAAUUUCAUCUCAUUCGGCGAGUGCAGUAAGGAAACAUGUCGAGUCCCCGGCCGAGUUAGGGUUUGAGUGGCAGGAGGUAUCGAGUCUGGGAAACAACCAGAGUCCGUUUGAAGAAAAAAAGAUCCAGGAUGGAAUGGUAUCGCUAGCUGCGUCUGGAUACUCGGGAAGCACAUCAGGAUCGACCUUGCUGCAGUCACUACUGCCGGGGUAUGAACGAAAGCAGCCAGUUGAUGCAGCUGAAAGACGGCGCCCUGUCAGCCAUCGUUCGUCUGCUAUUCUGGCGCUACCAUUUGGCGAGAGGCUGGCCACUUCUCUUGUCCAAACCCAUUUAAUUGAUGCAUACUUUGUCGCCUAUCACCCGUCAUAUCCAAUUGUUCAUGAACGGACUUUCCGAGACCAAUGCGAACGGAAAUCACAAAUCCCAUCUCAAUCCUCCUGGCAUGUCGUUUACUACAUGGUCCUCGCCAUUGGCGAAUGGGUUAGCGGAUGCUGUACCUCCGAUGACCAUUCCAUAUACUACGAACUAGCGCACGCCAGAAUAGGCACUGAGAUCUUGCAGUCGGGUAACAUGGUAAUCUUCCAAGCACUACAACUGCUGGGAAACUACCUGCAGAAACGAGACAGGCCAAACACGGGCUAUAACUAUCUCGGCAUCGCGUACCGAGUAGCCCUAGGACUGGGCCUCCAUCGAGAGAUCGGCGGCAUGAGAGAUAUCCACCCCUUUGCGCUUCAGCGUCGGAGGCUUUUGUUCUGGACUCUUUAUUGCUUUGAUAGCGGGUUUAGUAUUACGACAGGGAGGCCUAUAAUGGUGGCUGACUCCUUUAUCGACGUUCACAAACCGAAAAAUAUCGAUGAUUCUCUACUAGAUAUAUCGCUAUCCACAGAAGCAGAGUAUCCCACUGUCUAUUCAGCAAUUAUUUCCCAGGCUCGUCUGGCUGUAAUUGCCAAUAAAAUUCACACCACGUUCCUCGCCACUCACCCUUGCGCCGACGUCAACCAUUCCCUCGCCGUCAUGGAACAAAACCUACAAAACUGGCACAGCGCACUCCCCGGAUUCUUCAUGCAGUCCGACGUUCCCACCUGGUUCAUCGGCCCCCGACAAAUUAUCUUUUGGAAAGAGGCCAAUCUCCGCAUUUUGUUACUGCUAGCAUGCCAGCGACAACAGUCAGAAGAACACGACAAAGCAGCUAUCGGCGCCAAAUACGAGACAGUCGCAGCACGCACAACAACAGAUAUUGCCGACUUUUGCCACGCCCAUGCUGACUUGAUCCAUAUCGGACUGAGUUGGUAUGCGGUGUAUUUCACGUUACAGGCCUGUCUUGCUGUGGGCGUGAACCGACUGCGCAUGAGUCCGAGACGAAAUAAUCAGCAGCAGGUGAUGCACGAGGACCAGGACCCUGUGUGGGAAAGGCCUUUUAGUAGUGCUCUGCAGUGCCUUGAAAAGCUCGGCCGGUUUUAUAACCCUGCUACGCGCAGUUUACGGAUAAUUGAGCGUCUACGCAGCAAGAUUAGAAGUUCUGCCAGCGUGUCCAGUGCAUCGAAUAGUAAUUUACUAGCACCGGAAAAUGCACUAUGCAAUGGAAUCGUCGAUGAGUCCAUAAGCGAGCAUACCGGGGCUCCUGCAACAGACCAAUUCGACACCGACGAACCUCCUUCUGAACUAAUGCAAGGCCGGUCGCCACACUUGACGAGUGAUUUCAACACUGAACAGUGGGUUUCAACAGUCGAUCCAUCUUUGCACAUGUUUCUGGACGACUUGGACAGUAUCGGAAAUCUCUUUGAAGGCAUUCAGGGGUUUCCAAAUACUAUGGAGGCCGAUGACUUUUCGUACGGUGUUAACACGACGCGAAUGACGUUUUCUUAA